AUGAAUAGCAUCAAUCAACGCAUUCUUUUUUGGCUAGACGACCUUCCUCCCCAUUUCCCUCCUCCCGCGCAACCCAGGUCCAAGAAGCGCUCACUCUCCAACGGUGGUCUUCUUCCCUCCCCGCCUCACUCACCAGAGUCUGUUGCAGUGGAGAUGCCAGCAGCCACUCCCGUUUCCAAGAAGCGUAAGACGCUGGGUGAUGUCCCUCCGCUCGCGCCGCAUGAGCGAGUUGACGAUGAUGACGAGGAGAGCGAGCAGACGCCGAGAGCUGAGGCUUCGCUGUCGGAUGAACGUGCUUCUCAACGCACUGGUAGUACUGGUGCAUCGGGUGCAUCAUCUCCCACCAAGGCUUUGCGGGCGCUCAAGUAUCAGGACGAUGGACUUGACCAUGUGAAGCUCGACGUCUCGGACGAGACACUUCCAGCGUCUCUGCUGGAACUGGCGAACGACAUGCAAGACUUUGACAAUGGUGAAGGCGUUGUACCUGUUUAUCCUACGGUUGGUCCCAUUGAUUCUGCUGGCAUAGCUUGGAUGAGAUCAAAGACCUUGGCACAAAGACAACCCGCUCAUGGCAAGUUCCAGCCUUAUCGAUUUGACGACGACGACAAGCGUUACCCGAAGACUACGCAUCGACAACUCAAACUUGGCGAUGUACUUCAAGUUGUUAGUGAUGCUCGAGACUGCGACGAGUAUCAGGCCGAUGAGGCGUAUUGGAACAACCAUGUUCACACGCCCCUCCUCAACAUCAUCUUCCGCGGAACCAACCCUUGCCCAACACAGCUCGAUGGCUUCACAUCUUGCACCACCGCCUCCAUCCUCCCCGAGUACAAGAUCCACGCCACCGCCGGCAAGAAAGUCGAUUACGCCAGCUUCAUCAACCCCGAGCAGGACAAGCUCCUCCCCAACGCCACCAAGCUCAUCGACAAGGUUUGUGCGACUGCCACGGAUAACAGCAUCAACCACACCAGCUUCCAGCGCCUCCUCGAACGACUCAUCUCUUUCAGCAUUGAGACGAAACGCGGUGCGCAGACGGCGCAAAAGGCGGAACUUCAUAUGGGCGUAUAG